UUAAGCACAAUCAUGACAACAGGACACUGUUUUUACUUUGACACCAACCCAAGAGACAACAUCAUCCAAAUGAACAACGAAGGAAAAUCAGAUGAGGUGGAGGAAUGCGCAGGCUUCCUGUACAAGUCCCCUCCUUCUGGCCUCACAAGAAUUAUGAAAUCAUGGAAGCAACGCUUCUUUGUGCUUGCAAAGACAAGUGACGACACCCAUGAGUUAAGAUACUACAGGAGUAUUGAGAGAAACAGACUAAUAAAAUCCAUAGCGGUUUCCACCGUCACAUUGCUGUACACUCGGCCUGAAGUCCAUCCAGCUUUUGAAUGGAUCUGUAAAAGCUUCAAGUGUUCUCCAGCCUCUGUGCUGUUCAUGAAGACAGACGAUCCAGCAGACAAGGCCCAGAGAGAAUAUUUCUUCAUUGGAGAAAACAGUGAGGAGAUUGAUAGAUGGUUCAAUGCUUUAUUUGGAGCGCUGAAGCAUACCAAAACUUUGACAGAAUCUGAACUUCAGAAAAUGACUGAAUCCCAAUUGACUAAGCAAAAUUCCAGUGACACUGAACAGCGUAAAGAUGAUUGCAGACCCCUACUGCCACCAAUGAGGGUGUCAGCACCCACAGAUAUUAGCACUCAGCAGAAUCACUGCGACCAGCAACCCAAGAGCAGUCCAUCUGCAUUAGAGGGAAAGCAGAACAUGCUGACGGAUGAGACUCCAGGGGAAAGCAGUGAGGACUUCGAGAUGUCAUCAGGGGAGAGCGUGGUCAAAACUUCUGAAGACAGUCUGUUGGAUUGUGUCACACAAGCUUUUAAAAAUCUACAGACACCAGAGCAAAAAAUUGAUGGACUAAGAAUGAAUAAAGAACACACAAGGAAAUCGUCCCUCCACUUCAAUGGAAUAUGUGCCUCCGCCAAGCUGAACGGGGCAGCUCCAGACAAGAGUGACACACACACCGCUGUUGAGAAAGAGAUCUGUGUACGUCAUGACGAUCUGAAAAGCUUGAUAUUUACAGAGGAAUCAGGCAAACCAUGUGUGUCUGAGUGUACUCAGAUUGAGGUCUUGUGUCCAUUACAUAAGGGUGAUCAGAUCUUGGCUGUCAAUGACCUGUUAACAGACUCUGUGGAGGAGAUACGCACAUACCUAAGAAGGCUUAGCAAGGAUCAGGUAAAACUGACCAUUCGACGGCUCCCAGGUUCUAUUCCUUCGGGCUCUGAAUCCUCAAACUGAGGUCAUGGACAAUGUACUGUAAAUGUUUUUACAAUGGCUGGAACCUUGAGCACUUCUUGACACUCUGGAUAAGAGCAGCUACUAAAUACCUUAAAAUUUUAAAUAUAAAUUAUCAGGAUUGAAUUAAUCAUCUCUAUUCUCCCAGUCAUCAAUUAGUUUCUUUUAUUAGUCUAUUAUUCUUCAUUUCUCAUGAAAUCAAAGUGAGUUGCUCUCAUGUGCAUAUUAUUCCCCAAAUAGCACUGUAAUGGAGAUCAGCAGACAACCAGUAAGAAUUAGAUUAUGAAAAGGUGUUGUGAUGAUUGUAUUUUAACUUCUAGUCUAUCUUGUGGUGAUUACUAAAGCUACAUUGCAUUACAGUGUACUACUCUCAUGAAACUGCACUUUUAUUAGAGGCUUAAAACAAGAUGAUCUUACAUGGUCAAAGGAACUACAGGUAAUUGGUUGUCAUUAAGUAUCUCUUCUUUUGUGGUGUACAUUAAGAAGCUAAGUAUUAGAGAGCUUGACAUGCUAUUUUAAAAACCAAUUUGGGUGUUCAUCUUUACUACCAGUACAACUAACAUGUCAAGCAUAUAUCAGACAAAUCAAAUUCUUAUGAGGAUACACUGUGAAGUCCUAUUAUUAUGUGAAAAUAGGCCCAAGAUGAAAUGCAAUUAGUACUGUAUGGUGCAAAAUGACAUUGAUCUCAUGGAAGUUAGGAAAUAAAUAGACAAAUAUACAAUUUAUGAAAGGAAAAAAAUGAAAUAAGUUAGUUUUAAAAAGUUUAAUAAAAAAAAGCAACUAAAUUGAAUAGAAUUACUGAUCUCUUUCCAAGUAUUUUUACAACUGUAUUUUGUUCAACAAAACUAUAUUACUAUAUUCAGCUGUUGUGUACUUAGCCAUGGCAUUUAAUUGCAGUAUAUUCUGUAAGCACAAGGUGGCGCACUGACAUAAAGGCUGUUCUUUUUAUUAUUCGUCUCAUGUACUGAUUACUGCCAUUCAGAUUGUCAAAUAUUUUAUUAAAUGGUUCUUGCAAGCAGUAUGUUCUUUUUUAUAUAA